AAUGGACUUCCCCACCACCGCCCAAAACACUAGAUCAGGUCAAUCUGACAUAGACUUUGAAUCAUUAAAUAAGUGGACGCUGCCAUCUUGUGGCGGAGAAACUUCCCCUCUUCUCCCAAAGCUAGAAACAUUUCCUUUGACAUAAAUGUGUAUUUAGGAGAAAAAAAAGACUUAAAAGUGAUAUUUGUAUUUUAUUCUGUACCGUUUAAACAAUUUGAUAACUCUUAUGAAACAUUAGACAACAGGUGUUUCUUAAAAAGGGAUUAAAUCUGGUCACAGACGUUUUUACAUUCUCCAAAAUAUUAGAUUUUCUUUGUCAGGCUUGAGCUUUAAUUAUAAAUAUAUAUAUUUUGUAUUGCAACUGGGAACUCCCGCUGUUAUCUGUCACCUGCAUUUGUCUGUUUGAAUAUUACUUUAACAACCUAUAUUAAUUAUAGGUAGCCUAGUAUCACAUUGAGUAUCACAUAUUUAGAUUAAAAAAUAUAAUGUUUAACAAACUAUGAUAAAAAACGGACCUCAAAGAAUACUUUUCCUUCCUUUUAUUAGCCGUUAUUCUCCUGCUGUGUUUACUCUCUGUGUCUUUAAGAAAGCCCCUCCCUGACUUGAUGAGCUGCUUUCAGGACUUGUUGAACCAGCAGAGUGAAGGAGCAGCAGAAAGCUGUCACUUUCACACAGCAGUCAUGAAUGAGUCCUUUGAAAAAGCCGUAGAGGAGGUGAAGAAUCUGAAACAGAGACCAGGCUACGGCGACCUGGGGGAGAUUUACGGUUUAUAUAAACAAGCCACAGUCGGGGAUGUUAACAUAGGUCGUCCGUCGAUAUUUGACCUCCCAGGACGGGGGAAAUGGGAUUCAUGGGAACGAAGAAAAGGCUUGGGCAAAGACGAGGCGAAGGUGGCAUAUGUCGAAUUGGUGGAGGACCUGAAGAUUAAAUAUGGGAUCUAGAGUCACUUCCUCACACCUUCUGUAUUAUUAUUAUUUCUCACUUUGUUCACAUUGGACUUCAUGUAGAGCAGAUAUCACCUGCUGCUGUACUCUUUGCUAUUUAAUUCCUGCGUUAGACCACAUGGAGAACGUUCUGAUUGCUCAUAAUGAAGCGAUGUGAUCAGCGUUAUCGCCUUCUGUCUCGAUUGCUAUUCUUUUUAAGUGCAAACAACACAAUGUACAUUUUCAUAUAAAAAUGUUAAAAUAAAAAGCAUUGGUUCACAAGACUAGUAUCAAAAAUAAAGACUUGUUCUUUGGGCUUGAAAGCCUUAGGCCAAAUAUCCAACAAGUAUUCACCAAAUAUCAAAAGGAAACUAACUAAGGAAGGCAGGGUAACAACAGUGUACUCUUUGAGGUCAAAAUGACUGUUUUUGUCAAAGGAGUCUGGUGGAUUUGAAGAAAGGGCUCUCUGAAAACAACGUCAAUCACUCACAAUAUUCUAAAUAUAGACACGUACAAUGAAGCUUGAAUUACUUUUAAGUUGGUCUUUCUUUUAUAUGUCUUGAUAUACGUUUUGCUUAGCUAUAGCAGUGCUGAUAUUGUCUAUUUCUGCACCCUCUGUAGGUAACACACUGACUAUGUGUAACCAAUGUAUAACUUCACUUGUUUAUAUUUCAGUAAAAUCAUUUUUGUCCAUA